AUGCGGCUCACUGCGACGCUCGCGAGCCUCAGCGCUGUCGUUGGCGCCGUCAAGGUCUCGUCCGGGUGGCUGCCGUGCCCGCUUCGUACUGGCGCGUCGCUGUCGCCCGACACCAACUACCACAUGGACAACACGCGCUGCGCGACGCUCGACGUGCCGCUGUGCUACGACGGCGUCUGCACCAGCGACAAGACCAUCUCGGUGUUUGUCAAGCAUUUCAAGGCGACCAAGCCGCCGGCGCCUGGCUCGCCCCGCCAAGCGCUCUGGUUCCUCCAGGGCGGCCCUGGCGCGUCUUCGAUUGUGAGUACGUCAACCGAGGACGACCCUCGCCAC